AUGUCUUCCAAGGAUGACUCGUCGCCCUCUGGUCCCGCCUCAACGGUUUCUUCGCCGUCCAGCAGCCCGUCGUUGACUCUCUCCUCCAGCUCCUCGCGCGAGCCGUCUCCGAGCCGACUUUUGGAUAAAAAACCGAUUGGUGAGUAAAACGUGAGGGAAAAGUGUAAAAAUCGACGCAUUUUCAGCCGAAACUUCGAAGAAAAAAGUGGCGUCGACGGCUCUGCCGCAAACUUUGAGCUUGUCUACACUGAGUGAGUGAUCAGUGGAUAAUCAUGAAUCAUAAAACGUUUUAUUUAGGUCUCAGCACUCCCACGAAAGGACAAAUGUUCGGACCAUUCGGAAGUCGCAACGUUGCCGCGUACAUCAAAGGUUUGUCGGCCAAAAUGUCCGUUUCCAAUAAUCCAUAUUCUGCUCAGAGGUUACACCGAAAAAGGAAAUCGAUGGGACGUCUUCGAGCAUCGGAAAAGUGUCGACAGAGAAGAAGAAAACCGCCAGGGCACUGUUCGCUCCGUGUAAGUCUGAAAACGCACAAACUAUUUGGUAGAAAAUGUUUUGCAGACAAAAAGGCAUGUUCUCGCAAAUUGAGCAAUCGCAACGCGUGCGACGAAGACGACUUCAGACCGCCGAGCCCGGAUCCCAGCAGCUUCUACCUUUCGGAGGCAUUUCAGCAAGAGCUCUGCGAAGACCAGAUGUCCGACGGCGCGUACGGACCUCACUCACCAGUCUUUGAAAAUCUCUAG